CUCAACGGAAGAUUCUUCGUGUUUCAGAUAAUUCAAUCCGUCAAGAACGGGCGUCCCAGCAAAAUUAGGAUAGGCAGCAAGGCCAGCCGGCCACUGUGUGUGGUAGAGAACCAUGGCUGCCUCUAGCUCUCCCCUCCUCUCCUCCUCUCCCCCUCAGCUGCUCGAACAGAAAUUCGGCCGGAAAGGAGUUAAGUUUACUCAGCUGAACGGGAUUCCGACUGUCGAGUUGGCCGUCCGAAACGGCAGCUCCCUGCAGCUCAGGCUCUCAGAUGGCCUGGUCACCUCAUACAAGCCCAAGGUCUACUGGAAGGAUGACGGCUUUCAAGAGAUUGUUUACACGGUGCCUGAUGGAUCUGCUGAUGGUGCAUCGGUGAAGGGUGGAAUUGGGUUAGUUCUCAAUAAUCUUUCGAGGACGAAACGGGAUGGAUCAACGUGGUCCGCAUCACAGUGGGAUGUUAAACAUGUGGAAUCAGAUUCCAUUGAUGCUGUUCAGGUUGAAUUGAUAUGCACUAAUGCAGACGGCGCGCUUGAUGUAACUUACAUAGUCUCCCUCUUUGCUGUGAGCAUGGCAACUGCAGUCAUUGUGAAGAACAAAGGGACUUCAAAUGCAGAGUUGACAAGUGGGAUUCUUAGCCAUCUAAAAUUCAAAGGUCGAAAGGGUUCUGCAGUUACAGGGCUCACUGGAUGUUCUUAUUGUGCACACCCACCACUGUCAUCAAAAUUUAAUAUUUUGUCACAGGCUGAAGCAAUGAAACCAGAGUCUGCUGGUUGGAAUCUGUUCUCUGAUGACAAGGGAAAACAGAAUGAUAAAUGGCAAGUGGAGGAUAAUAAGUUUAUCAUGAUGAAAGACAGAUUUAGUAGAGUAUAUUCCGCACCUCCUGUUGAGAGAUUAAAGAGAAUCUACAACACCCCUCCAUCAAAGUAUGAAACCAUAGAUCAGGGGAAUGGACUUGGAUUUAGAAUUAUAAGAAUGGGCUACGAUGACAUUUACUUGAGCUGCCCUGGCUCCUUUUCAGAAAGGUUUGGAAAGGAUUACUUUAUUUGCACUGGCCCUGCUUCAAUGUUGGUGCCUGUUGUCCUGAAACCUGGUGAAGAAUGGAGAGGUGCUCAAGUUUUGGAACAUGACAACUUAUAGCAGAAUACCCAUCAUAAAAAGAUAAUUGCAGCUCCAAAGUAUUGGAAAAUGUAUAUUAUUUGUUUCUCUGAGUACUUCCCUUUUCAGAAUAUUGGGCAAUUUUUUGUUAUAGAAUUAACAAAUCUGGCUGGAAUCGACUGGAGUUCAAGUCCACCACAAGGGACCUUUGUUUCACUACGUGAGUCACUUCAGAGCCCUAGAGGCCCAACCAAGUGCCACUAACAAUGUACUUCUGAACAAAAGAUCUUCAAUCUUGUACCGGAUUUCAUUGUUAUGCAUAUAUUCAUGUUUCUGUAUUUAA